CGCUGGCUACGAUUUGCUGGAGAUUGUCCCGAGCCGGGAGGAGGAGGGCAACUGUAUUAAGUCCUCAAUUGGCAUAGUACUGCAUCUGUAUUUAAACACCAACUAGUUCAAGGUUUCUCUGAAACGACGGAGAAAAAUAUAAGGCGGGGCUGUAUUGAAUUUCAUGACAGGUUUACCGGUUUCCACGGAAACGACUGGCAGCUAAUGAUGCCACCCUGGUUUCAUCCUCGAGAACAGGCCUUAUUGGUAGUCGUCAAUUAUUGCUGAAAUGUCAGAUACUUGUAAACGUCGGCUGUGACUACUCCUAACGAAAAGCACAUACAAGACUGCCUUUUCUUUAAUCUGGAAUAUCUUCAAACCUUUGAGAUGUCUCAGAAUAGUCUAUUAGAAGAGGUCUGCCUGUGGAAUGAAGAGAUGUGUAAGAGGAAGAUGGGAGCUGUUCUUUCCGAACUUAUUUCUAUAUAUCAGAAUAACGAAAGCAGUAACGAACAAUUAAGAGUAUUGAAGAUUCUCACAGGCAAGUUUCUGCCUCACAUCAGCCUUUUUGAUAUAGAACCUGCCUUCUUCUCUCAGAUAUUGCCCAAGGCAAUGACAUUGUUUGAUGAACUUGCCGGUAAGUUAUCUCAACAGGCAGGAGCUUUGUCCAGUCAAAAUACCGAACUGCAGGCAGCACUGAGGAACGCAAUACAGACUCAGAUCCAACUUUUGGAAGUUCUGAUGAAUAUUGUGCAGCAUAUGUGCACUCUUGAAGCUAUAACCUUGAAAAGCAUGCAUUCGUUAUCUCUGGCUGUCUUUCAUGUCCUGAAGAAUACCUUCAGUCAUUGCAAGGACAGUGAGACUUUGUAUAGUAGUCACCUGCACUUGGUCGCGGACCUGUUGCAGUUUUUAUUUAAGGAGGCAUAUUCACUUCAGAAGGGGUUCAUGGAACUUUUGGAUCGGAUAGUUUUGGAAUCAACAGGUGCUUCUGGUGAUGAUAUUGCAUGCAUGGUGGUAGUAGUUCACAAUGUUUUGAAGAUUUGUUCAGUCAUUUCCAAAAUGGAUCAUGCUCUACAUGCUAACACAUGGAAAUUCCUUAUUAAAAUAAGUGUGAAGCACCGGGCAUUAAUCGAGACAAAGCUGCCACAUGAUGAGCUUGUUACUGGUCUCUGUGAGGACAUUUUCUAUUCUUUCAAUUCGUGUCUGCAGUUAGCUGAACAAAUUCACCAGUCUACAGGAAUGGGCAGUGCAAAUACAACUGAUUGCAAACUUUUCCAGAAGACCAUGAAGCUGUGCCGUUUUUUUGCCAACACAUUGGUGCAUUAUGUCAAGGAGUUCGUUGACUUUCUUUCAAGGUCUUGUCAUCACCUGCACCAUUUUUACCUUCAAAUGUACAGUAAAUUUCCUCCCAGUUUGUAUGCACCGGUUUUGUCUGAUGGACUAUAUGAUCAAAUUGCUUCCAUUCUCCCCGUUGCUUUGGAUGCCCUUGUCUCUCAGCUGCUGUCCUUCAGGCCUUUUGUGCAGACAGUUUUACAAGUCAACCCAGAUUUCAGUUUGGAGCUGGCCCUUCCACAGUGUUUGUUGCUGAUUAAUAUAAUAGGCAAACUUUCAUCGCAGUCCUGUGAGAUUCAAAGCCUGUGGUGUUCUGGUAGCCAGAUUUCAGAGGAAGAGCCAAGAUUACCUUUGUUUCAUACACUGUUUCACAACUUCCACCGAUGCUAUGCGGAGCUUUCUUUGCCAGUGCAGUUGCCAGGAGUGAUGAGUAAAGGACAGGCUCAAAAAAAUAUCAGCCUUUAUGAAUACAUAUGCACUAAUUUGUGCUCUUUUAUCACGUCUCUUCCGGCUUCUCUCUUUCGAGAUUUGGAAUGUGCUUUAUUGGAUGCUAUACUCAGUCCUCACAUGUUAACUGCGCUACUGGCUACAGACGCAUGGUGUUUUCUUGCACGUUAUGGAAGUGCUGAACUUUGUGCCCAUCAUGUGUGUCUCAUAGCUCAGUUGGUGAAAUCUUGUUCUGGCGAAUGUUAUCAGCUGUCCCAUUUAUCCUUACUGUUCCGACGUAUGCUCUGUCUCAUGGCAGCAAACCACCAGGCUGCAUUUAUUGACACGUUUUCUCCCAAGGAGCCUAGCAACUUAGUUUUAUGGCGACAAGUUAGUAUUAAAGCUCUCUCUGCUGACCUUCAGAAACUUGUCACUUCUGACAUCAUCAAGACAGCAGUUGAUCAGUGCCUAAAGUGGCAGAGUGGCAAGCAUGCUUUGGGAGAAUUAGAACAAGUGAAUGUUGCCCUUGGUGCUAUGGUAGCUGUGUGUCAUGCUGAUGGAGAAGCCUUGAAUUCAGAAUUGCAAUUAUCAGUCACAGAAAUGCUUGGUCAAAUGUGGUCUGUCCUCACUGUGGAACAGGUGAUGAGCCACCGUUGUAUUCAACAGACAAUCAGUCUGCUCCUUUCUUUCGUUUCACUGUUGAUUCGAACAGUAGGGCCACCAUUGAUAGCUGAAGUGGUAUUAUUCCUCAAUUCCCUUCUUCCUCUGAAUCCCCCUGAUCAUGUUCGUCUUGCUGCACUGGACUUCUUAGGUUCCCUUGGAAAGAUAAUUCUACCACCAGAUAUUCAGCGUACAGUCCUUCCAAAGCUGCCUUGCCUCUUUUCAUCCCUUCUGGAAGACAAAUCCUGGCUAAUUCUUCAACAUGCACUACAGGGAUUUACAAUGUUUGCUGAGGGAACAUGCCACGAGGAAGUGGUGCCUCAAAGCCUCGAGUCAGGAGCUUCAAAGUGCAGAGUUGUUAGCUUCUUGAACAAGGUGAUUACAACAACUGAGACCAAGGAAUUGCAAACGGAAAGAUUAAAGCGACAAAAUGCAAUUCUAAAUGCACAUUUCACUCACCUGAAUCUAUGUGCAGCGAAUGGCUCUGUUGUGGUGGAGCCAUCUGCUAAACGUGCCAGGUUGGAACAGUUUGAAGAGGAGGAGUAUGAGAGAACCUUGCAAGCAGCAGAAAAUGCUCUUAAAACAUUACAGACUUUGCUAAAACAGGGAACAGUACCAGAAUGGAUAAAGAUCCGUUUACAAGCCCUACAAACAACAAUCAUUGCUAUGAACAAUGGCAGGCAAUAAAGUAUGUAACAGUGUGAAGAAGUUACAACAUAGUUUUGCUGUAGAGAGGAAUGACUAUCAUCACUGUAUAAUGGAAUUGAUCAGUGAUGGCAGUCAGCUAUUUUUGAGAUAGUCAAGAAUUGCAUGUAAUGUACUACAUGUGGCUAAUGUUUCAGUGUUGAUUUGCAUCAAAUUAACCAUACAUAAUGUACUUGUUGCCCACUCAUUAGUUAAGUUUUCAACCUGUUAAGAUACAGAUUCAAAAUAUUUUGCAGUUUUCUGUAACAGCUAAAGUGAAUCAGUGCUAUCCAAUUCAGCUAGUUAGGUACAUAAGCAGCCAAUUGACUAAUUUCUAGAAAAAAAACUUGUGGUACUCGAAUUAACUAACACAAUGAACAAAUUCAAAAGGUGACAAAACAACUAACUACAUUGCUAAAUUCUCAACCGAGUUCAGAGUCUAAGUGAUCUGAAAGUUGGAAGUAGUCAAGUGAAUGCUUUGAUUUGCACAGGUUUUAUUAUAACUUUAGAUCAAGAGGCCACACUUUUAUGUAGCAUUCUGUAAUUCACCACGUAGACCCCACAAGAGCGAAUUCUGUUUUGUAAUCGACAUUUUACAGCUGAGUGGAGCUGUGAAUGAAGGUCUAUGAACACAUGCAGUAAGAGGUUUGCUAAGGAUCACAAGAUGUGGGCUACAUGCACCAUGUGAUAAUCUCAUUUUGUGUCUGCAUUCUGCCUGCCAGCGAGGAAGAAGCUGAUCAUCCUUCUUCUGCCACAAUGGAGUGCUUAAACCUGCAAAGAGCAUGUGUUUUUAAAUUGAAAGUAUCAAGAUUGUGUUGCUGGAUGUAGUCACUGUUGCAAUUAAGUAUAAAACCACCAAUGUUAAAUGUAACUUUUCUUUCAAAUAGGUCUUUAUUAUAGAAAAAAUUAAUACAUUUGAAUCCAAUAAAUUAUUUUACUUUUUAAAUUGGCCAUUUUAUUAUUGGGAAUUCACUUUCAAAAUAAACAUUAAAUAAUUCAGCUGAAUGAACAUCCUUUAUUAGUCUAACUUGAUACUUUGCUGAAUAAGGACUUGUGGCUAAGUACAUAUUACUUACAGGAGGAAAAGUAACUAAUUCCAACCUUUCCAACUAGUUGAUAACUUCCCAUUGCAUUGUCCAAAUACACUGUCACUAGUGUUUAAAAUAUCUCCAUCUAACAGUUUUGGAGGGAUAAAGAGAAAUUAACAAACUGAAAAGAAGGUUUUAACUAUUAAUGAAUUAAAGCAGCAAUCCCAGAGUAUUCACAUUAAGUUUGUCCAGUGUUUCAGUUCCAUGUCCUCAAUAUUUGAUGGUGAUCUGGUUAAAUCCUGCAGUUUCUGAACUGACUAGCAAUUAACAGUUUCAUAACUUUGACCUAAAUUUUUUGCUGGUUUGUACAAUUAAAAUUACGUAGGAUCGAAUAUUACAAAUGGAUGUUUGCUGCUUCAACCAUUCAUUGGUGAUUCUUCAUAGCAAAGCAGUAUGUUUUAGGUAAUUAUCCACAGAUUCAGAAUAAAAGCAAAUCUCCAAGUCUGAUCUGCUUAAGAAAAAAAAAAUUAAAGGGUAAAAAGUUCUGAAUUUUGUCCAUUUGACAGUGCUAAGGCAAGGAUCAAUUCAAUCUGGCAUUGGAUACCUGAGUGAAUGAUAUUAAACAGGAAAAGCUUUCCCAUAUAACAGCUUAAUUUCUGUAUCAUGGCCCAAAAAUAAUUUUGUGUUGUGUACAUAUUCUCAAUAAGAACUGGUUUAAGUCUAUGUAAAUAGACAGCUAAUACAUAGGGAGAAUUUAAUUCAAAUAUAGAAACUUCAGUCCUCAAAAUGUGAAGGCCAUUGUUUUAACUUUUAUUCCACUAAAUCAUUAUUAUUCCCAUAGGACUUCAGUGCUCAGGAGGUUUUUGGUUGCAAAUAGGGCAUUCCAAUAUACAUUUCCAUGUGCAACUAAAUAGUCACGUGAGAUUAUUUUAUUUGCUGCUGAGUUGGACGAUCAGUGAAAACAGACCUCGGAGCUUAAAAUUCACAUUUGCCAACUGAAAGCAAAUGUUUCCAUCAGAAAAUAAUCUAAAAUUUACACAUUCACCUUCCAUAUUCAGAAAUACAAUCAAAUGUUCAAUUAGAACUAUUUUGGUGUAGUUCCUAAACAAAAUAGUUGUAAUUACAAAAGUAUUCAUUAAAAUCCCCAUCACUAUUUCACUUACAAAUAUUGCAAUAUGUAUCAAGCCCUUGAUUUAAACAUUCUAUUUGGUAUUUUGAGUCAAAAGUAUCUACAUGCACCGAAACAAAUAUUUCAAUGACUUUACUAAUAUGGUGAUUUCCUAACACUCAAGUGUCACUGGUGUUCAUGAGGUUAGAAUUAGUCGAGAUGUACAUGGCACCAAAAAUGGGGUGGGGGGGGGGGGGGGAAAACAACUUUGGCUCUGCUUUAGCGCAAUGAUCUUAAAAACAUCCUUGUCCUAUCUGUUUCUUCAGUGUAUAUGACAGAACUUAUACUUAACUGUAUUAAGACUCAAAACACCAACUGUUACUUGACAGGAGGAAAACUAACUAUAAUUCCAACCUUUCCAACUACCUCCAAUAAUGGGGUGUUGCAAUCUUUACAUUUACCAAUUAAAACGGGUAGUAUUUGCUUCUAAGGCAGGGCUUUGCACCAAAUUACUGACUAAGUGUUGUAUCUCAGAACCAUUUGGCAUUUAAUGGUGCAUUUUAUAAUUUUGAUAUCUGCACACUGACUUCACCAGCAGCAUGAAUUCUAUAGCCGUAGAGCAUGAGAUUAGGGCUAGAGUGACUUCUGAAUGAGUAACUCCUCCAGGGAGUCCUAAUCUAUUACAUUAAUAAGGGGGAUUGGGGCAGCCUCAGGUUGCAUUUCAUGCUGAAGUGCAAGCAAAAUUACUUUGUUACACUUUUAGUUUAAAAUGUACACAGAAAACAGUAACACAGUAACAAUCACUUCACCGAAAUCCGGAUUACUCAAACAUUUCACCAAAGAAACUUGCACUUUAAUCUAUAGGGUAAAUUAGUUGCAAGUCACAGAGGAGAAACCAGCAGUACACCUUCCUCUAUAUAACAUUUAAGAUAUUCACAAAUAGAAUCAAAUUUUCAAAAUAAAGCAUUUCUGGUACUCAGUAAAUAUCACUAAGGUGACCUAUCCCAACAAGCAAACAGUUAACAGAAUUGUGUAGUUCCUGAUAUAUCCUUCUCAGAUACUCUUUAAAAACUGUUUCUUCAGGUAUUUGCAGAGGCAACAAAACACCACCAUCUUUAUUCCACCAGCUACACUUUUUGUGUUUAACUGGUUGGCAGAAGUCAUAGUCAAAAGGAUAGGUGGUGGUGGUAGGGCCAGAGUGUUUGAGUAUCAAAGAUAUUGAUCUUCAUUUACAAAAUUGUUUUAGGCACAGUUUCUAUUUCACCAACUAUUAUCCUCCCAGUUCAGAUCAUCUUCCCAGCCUUCAGUUUCCACCUGAAAAAGACCAAACAGUACAUAUUUAAGAUAACCAUACAUAGUAUCUUACCUUCCCAUAAACUAGGUUCUGUUUGGGCAAGGAAAUUUGAGAAAUCAAAUUAUUACAUGUGCAGAGCAGUGACAAUGUAUUGUUAAGCUCCAGUAUCAAUUUGUGUGUUUUAAUAAACAUUUGUAGAAAAGAUCCAGUGGAGUGUGGGAGAAAUUUACAUCUUUUUGGCACGUGCGGGAUUGGAAAACAUCUUUUCUAGCUGCUUCGGUGGCUCCCAGACUUCCUGCCAGCUUGCAUGUAGACUGUGUAUACUGCCAUCAGCAGUACUACAUAUUCACAAAAAUUACUAGCCAGAGGCACAUGUCACAGUGACCCACUUUAGAUCUGCCUUCUCCCCGCUCCUUUAAAAUACACAUGUGCUCCCAUUUCCCAGUUUACUUUUAAUGUACAAAAUGAGAUGUAUAUCCAGUAAAAAAAUCUUUUUAUUUAAAAGCCAAUCCUACAAUGCAGACAUCUUUUUAAUGGUGCAGUAUACCCAAUCCAGUCCAGAGAGGGGGAACUGAUUAGCAACAUGGAACCCAAUUGGCUGCCUUCAUUUAACCAGCAUACCUAGCAGUUGAAAGGAGAUGAAAAAGGCCAAGUCAAUAAGUUAUAAUGGGAACUGCAGAUGCUGGAGAAUCCGAGAUAACAAAGCGUGGAGCUGGAUGAACACAGCAGGCUCUGACCUAUCCCCUCCCUACCUCCCCACCUACACUCACCUCUGCAGGCUCCAUCCCCACCCCUUUAACUUGUCUGUCUCCUCUCCACCUAUCUUCUCCUCUAUCCAUCUUCGGUCCGCCUCCCCUUCUCUCCCUAUUUAUUUCAGAACUCUCUCCCCCUUUUCUGAUGAAGGGUCUAGGCCUGAAACGCUAAAGAAACAACUUUUUUGCUCCAAAGAUGCUGCUUAGCCUGCUGUGUUCAUCCAGCUCCACAAAGUCAAUAAGUUACGUGUCUUUUCAGCUGGUCUGCAGCAAGACUGCUUUCCCCAAUGCAAAAACCUUACCUGCUUCCAAGCAAAUACCAAUUUCUUUAGCCACUACACACCUACCACACAAGCUCAUUCUCAUCCUAUUUCGAGACUUUACACCGCAGGUGGUCCCGUGAGGCCAGCUGUUCGGCAGGAAGCAUUUAGGGUACAAAGGAUUUCUAAGAACUUCUGGGUUUCCUGAACAUUAGUAUUAAUCGGACCUAGUGAAAAGCCCUGUCAAUUUAAUACCAGGACGCAUUUUUUCAUCUUGACUUUGCUCUGGCGCAGGAAAUCAGACUAUAAAUCAGUGAACGGCUCAUUAUGAUGUUUCUCAUCCCUCCACUGCACUCAUAUUUGCUUUACUCCAUCCCUAGCUUUUACAUCAGAAAUGAGGGUUCAUCACAAUCACUCCAUGAGAAGAUUCCAAGACCUUUCUCUCCAAAUCAGCAGUAAAUCUGUUAGUUACACAGUUUUGUCAUGCAGAAAUUUUUGGGUUAUCAAAUACAAAGUCUACUUUUAUCAAAGCUAUAGAAAUCUCUAGUGAAAUUUUGGGAAUUGAAUAUACCACAAGACUUCGAUUCUCCGUUGGAGAUUUUGCAAAGCACAAUCAAAAAUAGUACCUCCUUCACAUAUAUGCCACAUAAUAUCUAUAAAACAAUAUUUAACAAGAAAUUUCCUAAAUUUAAAAAAUUGCAUCAAAAUUGAACAUAUAUUGAAAACAAUAUUAAUAGUAAUUGGGUGAACAAGAAAUAACAUUGAAACAACUCACGAAUUUUGUUUAAAAAUUCUUUAAAAUAAAUCAGAAUGUUUCCAUAAGGAUAUCACUGGGUUACUGAAACAACAAUGCUUAUGUACCUCACAUUCUGCUGGCAUGGAAAAUUCUCAAAAAUGUAUCCUAGUCUCAUAGUAGAGGUAGCUGAAACUAAAAUUUGACAACGAUAAAUUGGAAGUCGUUAUUAAUCUGCAUGUCUCAUAAUAUUGCAUAAUUUGAUUUAGAUUUUAACAGCCAUCAGUGCUAAUAAAAGUCCUUUGCAACCACCAGUUCCAUACCAGUUAACAAGACAAAAUAACAAAUAAAGCAAAAUUGGGCAAGUGAAGAUUUAGAAAUGUGUAUUCCAAUGUGCUUCAUUACUCCUGCUUCAAAUCCAUGCAGACUUUAUCUAAUCUUACUCGUGUAUUGAGGGGCUUGUAUUUAAAAGCUGAGAAGCAUUCACUCUCCCCCCCCCACUCCCAAAUAUAAACUCUUCAGGAAAUUAUGCAAUCAUCCAACACAGAUUGAAGACCUUGAUCUCCACUGAAUUACAGAAUGAAACCUUAGACCACUGUAACCAAACCAAAGGGGCAGAGCAAUUCAAGAUACUCAUGAGAAGUACAGGAAAUAUUUUUCAGUUUUUCUAUAAAAUACUAAAGGGUGUUGAACUACUGAUCACUAGUUUUGAAUAAUCAAAAACAUUUACACAAGAUACAAAAAGGAAGCCUACAUUUUCUACCAAAAAAACUCGAUAGUGUAUCCUACUCUUUCAGGCCAUAGUUUAAAAAGUACCAAUGCCACUUCAUUUAAAGUUUCAACUCACCUCAACAACGUCUGCUGCAAACUUAGAUGCAAGUGCAAGAGGCGGUGAAUUAUCUUCUGCUCUCAGAAUCUUCUCUGUACAUUUUGAUGCUUCUUCAGUUGGUUUGGCAGUAACAUUCAGUUCUGUUCUUUGUGCUGGCAUUAACAAACCUGUGGAAGAAACUUUAAUGUCUGGUAUCAUAUCAGCAAACAGAUCUAGUUCAGGGUCUCUCUGUGGCUUUUUCUUGACAUUUAUAGUGAAUUCCUCUCCGAGCCCUGUGUUCAAAGAGGUUCUCUGUGCAGUAAUUUUCUGUCUGGAGAUCGUCUGUCCAGUUGACUCUGCUUUUGUACUCUCCUUUAUUGAUAAGUUCUGCUGGUUCCAAUUAUCAUUCCUCCAAUUCUCACAUGAAGUAACAGAGCGAGUUUUCAGUGCUAAAGAAAGUUUCAUGCCUUUGGACUGGGCCAUAUUCCCAGUGAUAGAUAAAUUAGAAGUCUGCUGCUUAUUUAAUUGUUCUGGUUUUAUUGUGCUAGAACGAUUAUCUAUCGCAGGUUCAAAGUCAUCCCAUGGUUCAUCUUUCACAGCAAUGUUCUCAGAUGGAUUACCUGAACUGAUGCAAUCCUUUGUAGGCUCAAUUUUAAUUCCUAUAUUUUGUUCAUUCUCCUCCGACUUGCUCCAGUCUGGCCAAUCCUCAGCAGAUUCAUGGAUCAGCACCGAAUUUUGUGUACUACCAGCACCAGAAAUGUUGUUCCCACGAAUACCAUUCAUUGACAUUAUGGAUGUUGGUGCUUCAUAUUGGGCCAUGUCCAUAAAGGAAAAAGAACUCAAGUUACAACUACAAUAAAAAUAUAUAGAAUAAAACUCAAAUGUGACCAUUAUUAAUCAGAACCAUAUUUAGCUGUUUGAAUAUUUAAUAGUUUCUUUCUUUGCAUUGCCUGUUAUAUGGUUAGGCAGGUUUGGAGAUCUGGUAUAUACUUAAUCCUAAGAAAAGCUUGUAUAGAUGCACACACCUAUAAUUUAACAUCUGCUUAGUCAUCAUUUUCUCCUACUACUCCAAUGUUAUGACAGUCAGAAAACAGAAGCAUUUUUAGAAAAAAACACAACCGUCCAACUUGACUGCUUAGUGAAUUGCUGUACAAUGUUUAGCUUUAUUAUAUGUAGACCUUUAUGAAACUUGGAUCAGCUUUUAACGGUGCAGUGUUUAUGCCAAGGAAAAUCUUACCAGUGCAUUUCAGUGCCUGUGUCUUAACGUGAAACCCUCUAAGCAUCAGUUAGAACAUAUUAACGCACAAUUUUAAUUUAUGAUUCCAUGGGGCCCAAUUGUGUACUGAUUGCCAACUCAAUUUCAAAUAAAUAUAAGA